AUGGAUAUGGCACAAAAGUACGCGAGAGGACGCGACUCAUACAAACGGAUGGAGGUGUAUGACGACAUCGGGUCCAGCUUGCUGCUGUACUUGGAGUCGCGGGUGAAGACCACCAGCUCGUCCAUAUGGAGGUACGCGAGAGGACGCGACUCAUACAAACGGAUGGAGGUGUAUGACGACAUCGGGUCCCGCUUGCUGCUGUACUUGGAGUCGCGGGUGAAGACCACCAGCUCGUCCACAUGGAGGUACGCGAGAGGACGCGACUCAUACAAACGGAUGGAGGUGUAUGACGACAUCGGGUCCAGCUUGCUGCUGUACUUGGAGUCGCGGGUGAAGACCACCAGCUCGUCCAUAUGGAGGUACGCGAGAGGACGCGACUCAUACAAACGGAUGGAGGUGUAUGACGACAUCGGGUCCAGCUUGCUGCUGUACUUGGAGUCGCGGGUGAAGACCACCAGCUCGUCCAUAUGGAGGUACGCGAGAGGACGCGACUCAUACAAACGGAUGGAGGUGUAUGACGACAUCGGGUCCAGCUUGCUGCUGUACUUGGAGUCGCGGGUGAAGACCACCAGCUCGUCCAUAUGGAGGUACGCGAGAGGACGCGACUCAUACAAACGGAUGGAGGUGUAUGACGACAUCGGGUCCCGCUUGCUGCUGUACUUGGAGUUGCGGGUGAAGACCACCAGCUCGUCCAUAUGGAGGUACGCGAGAGGACGCGACUCAUACAAACGGAUGGAGGUGUAUGACGACAUCGGGUCCAGCUUGCUGCUGUACUUGGAGUCGCGGGUGAAGACCACCAGCUCGUCCAUAUGGAGACAGCUGUCAGCCUCCUACGAGCUGGUCAGGGCCCGUGAGAAGCUUUCCAUCGCCCACUCAGACCUGCAAUACCUGACUGUUGAGGAGAUAGAUGCAGCAUCAGUGCGCGUAACCGGCAAUCUGGCGUCGGGUGUUGAGCACUUGGACGCGGCCGUGCAGUAUCUGAAGGCAGAUCAUCUGGAGUAUGAGGAAGUGCAGACAAUUAUUGAUUACUACAAAACCUCGUUCUUUAUAAACGAGACUGUUAAAAUGCCGGAUAUAAAGAGCAACGAUGGACCAAACUAUGCAAAGGAUUCGAAAACCUGUUUGGACAUGUUGAGGCGGUUUCAGUAUGGGUUCAGGAGUGUAAUCAGGACAUCAGUGCAGCACGAAGUGUGGACAGCCCGCCGGACCCUCGGCGUCGGCGUCGGGAUAUUCGUGGCGUUGUUGAUCGCGACACCUGUGCUUGUCCUCAUGCUACGGAACACUAUUACUACCAUGCAGGGUUACUCCUCAUCCAUCGCAACCACAACCCAGAGGCUAAUGGCCGAGAAACAGAAAAGCGACCUGCUUCUCUCGAAGAUGCUCCCAAUGCCUGUGCUGCAAAGGCUGCGAGCGGAGAAAACCGUCCCGGCAGAGGCGUUUGAUGCCGUCACCAUAUUCUUCAGUGAUAUUGUGGGGUUCACAUCCAUAUCUGCCAAUAGUACGCCUAUGGAGAUUAUCAAUAUGCUCAACAUGCUGUACAGAUUAUUUGAUGAGAAAAUAACGCAGUACAAUGUUUACAAAGUGGAAACUAUAGGCGAUGCUUACAUGGCUGUCUCUGGCUUGCCUCAACGAAACGGAAAUAAGCACGCCUCAGAAAUAGCGGACAUGUCCCUCUCGCUGAUGCGGAGCCUGGACGGGGCCACAGUCCCCCAUUGCCCCGGCGAAUCGCUGAAGAUACGCGCCGGCGUCAACACGGGGCCCUGCGUGGCGGGGGUGGUCGGGACUUGCAUGCCGCGGUACUGCCUAUUUGGUGAUACUAUCAAUACGGCGAGUCGCAUGGAAAGUACGGGGGAAGCGAUGAAAAUCCACAUAUCAGAUACGACGAAGAUGGCGUUAGACCUCAUUGGUGGGUACGAAGUGGAGUCGAGAGGCAUUAAAGAUAUUCCUGGCAAAGGCCAGAUGGAAACGUUUUGGCUGGUCGGCAAGCUCGCAGGGCUCCAAAUCGAAAGUCCGUGUGGGCCCCGACUCAAGGAUUACGACCAGGAGUUCAUAGAAAUGCUCAUAUCGUAG